GCCCCACGUGUGACUAGUGAAUAGACAUUGUUUAGGACCGUAACUCGGGAGUGUUUUCCAGGAGCGGAUAUUAGGAUAAGAUGCACGUCUGGACACGGAAGGUUGAGAUGAAUUGAAAUGACCAUUUGCAAUCGCGUACUGGCGUAGUGUACAUAUUGCUUGUCAACUGUGCUGGACGUAUACUGGACUACUGGCGUGAAUCCGCUGAAGAUGUACACAUUGGGCGCUAUCCUUGUUUUGGCCACAGUGUCGUGUCUGGAACCGCCAGAACAAGUGCACAUCAGCUAUGGCGACACCCCCCUACCAGAUGGUGGUGUUGUGGUCAACGUUGGAGGACGUCAAGGGCGUUGUCCAAUACGGCGAGGAUCAGGUUCAACUGAAGGGACAGGCGAACGGCACUAGGACCCGUCUAACAUUUGAGAGCUGGAACGCCCGACAGUUUAUGCACAGAGCACAGUUAAAGAAAUUGAAAGCCAAGACGAAAUAUUUCUACAAGGUGACCAGUGUAUACGGCGCGACGACGACGUCAUCUCGUAUCUUCAGCUUCACGACGAUGGAUGUGACGACUACACGGAGAGCGGCGUUUCUGGUGUACGGCGACCUUGGCGUUGAGGGCAAGGACACGUUUUCUAGAAUUCAACAAGAGGUGGACAGCGGGGACUACGACUCAAUCUGGCAUAUUGGCGACUUCGCCUACGACAUGCAUUCUAAUGGAGGACUGGUGGGAGACCAGUUUAUGAGGGCCGUCGAAAACAUUGCAGCCAACAUUCCCUACAUGACAUCACCAGGCAACCAUGAGAUCGCAGGAGCCGAGGAGUUCCUCCACUACCGGACUAGGUUCAGCACCCCGGGAACAGCCUGGCCUAUCCCCCUCAACUCCAUGUGGUACAGCUACAACGUGGGCCCAGUACAUUUCAUCAGUUAUUCCACGGAGGUAUAUUUCACGCAUGACCAGAAUUACGUAUGUGAACAAUAUGAUUGGUUACUGAAGGAUCUUCUUCACGCCAAUCAAAACCGACAGUCCCAGCCCUGGAUUGUUGCUAUGGGUCAUCGGCCAAUGUACUGCUCCAACAGCGACAUUGAUGACUGCACAGGAAGAAUUUUCAGUGGCUGGGUGCGAAGAAGCUUGGAGGAUUUGUUCCACGUCCAGGGUGUCGACCUGGUGAUUGAAGCACACGAGCACUCCUACGAGCGUCUCUUCCCUCUUUACAAGGGCAACCUUGUCAGAACGGACUACAACAACCUCACCAACUCUGUCCACGUCAUCUCGGGGGCGGCCGGAAACAAAGAAGGGAGAGACGGCAUGUCGGGCAGUUUCAAACCCUGGUCAGCCUACCGACACGACAAAGUUGGCGACAACACCUACGGUCGUCUGGUUGUCCACAACUCCACACACCUGUACUGGGACCAGGUUCGGUCCGUCAACGGGGACGUCAUCGACUCCAUGUGGCUGGUGCAGUACAACCAUGGCCCUUUUGUCAGUAACGUGAGCUGUGAAGGAAGGGGAGACCACUCUUCGUGUCACUGCCCCACACCCUUCCACUACCUCACGGCCUCUAUAUGUAUUGUUGUGGUACUAGUGGUGGUGGUAGUCGGGAUAGUUGCUGGCGUCGUGACAUGGAGACGACGACGAAGGCAGAGAAAUAAGAACUACCAGCUGAUGAGUGUUGUUUCCGACGAAGACAACGAGGGUCUCCUGUCGUUGUGA